AUGACGCCUUUACCAUGUGCUCAGAAAGCCAGCAGAACUGGUUUCCCUCAUCUCAGAGACCAUCUCAAAUGGUCAUUUCAAACUCUUGUCGUACUGGGCAGUGCUUGUAAGAACUGCCUCUCACUCUCUCCUGUUUGCUCUCUCACGGUUCCCCAGAUCAGGGAUGCUCCGAUGUUGCUGCCUCUCAAGUUGACCACAGGAUACAGAGAGAAGACACUGUGUCUGAGCCUGGACCAGAGUGGGAGUGGACUGGGAAUGCUGCUGGGGUCACAAGGAACGCAGUAAUCUCCUGAGAGCCUCUUCUCCACAUCAUUGCCCAGACUGCUACUUCCUCAUGGCAAAAGGCAUGUAGGAGUUUGCUAUCAGCCACGCAAAACUUUUGCUGAGCCCAAACAAGACCUUUGCCACAGAACUGAACAAGAUAUUUUUUCAUUUCAUUUUUGCAUCUUUUAAUCUUCCUGGUUGUAGUCUUAGCUGUUUAGCCCUGAGAAUUUUAAGCUACGUUCAUUACUAUUAUUUUUGUGUGCACUUUUCAAAAUGAUUGACCUAAGCUUUCUGACGGAAGAGGAACAAGAGGCCAUUAUGAAGGUUCUGCAGCGGGAUGCUGUCCUGAAGAGGACCGAAGAGGAGAGAGUCAGACAUUUGCCUGAAAAAAUUAAGGAUGACCAGCAGCUGAAGAAUAUGAGUGGACAAUGGUUUUAUGAAGCUAAAGCCAAAAGGCACAGAGAAAAAAUCCAUGGUGCAGAUAUCAUCAGAGCAUCCAUGAGAAAGAAGAAGCUACCGGCAGCAGCUGAGCAGAGUAAGGACAGAGCAAUCAGGGCAAAGGAAAGCUGGGUGAAUAAUGUCAACAGAGAUGCUUUCCUUCCCCCAGAGCUAUCUGAGGUGGUAGAAGAACCAGAAGACAAGGCAGCCCCAGCAACCCUAAGUUCCAGUGUGGUGAAUUCAGCUUCUUCUGUGAUUAACAUGUCCCAGGAAAAUACAAGGAAAGCACCUUUGUCUCCAGCCAAGCAAAGGAAGAAUCCAUUUAAUAGCUCCAAGCUUCCAGAAGAUCACUUAUCGCAACAAACCCAAAGUGGGCAAUUACAAAAUGGAAGCACUGGUUUACUUCAGAUUUCAACACAGGGUGAAUUGUCAGAGCCAAAAGAAAAGUCGUCUAUCCAAGAUACAUCCAGCCAGAACUUAGAGAAAUCAAAGCAGACUGUGCCAGCAGAUCCUGCAACUGUGUCCCAAAUCAAGGCUCCAAUCCCCAAAUCCAGAAAAUUGAUUUACAAAUCCAACGAUUUAAAGCGAGGUGAUGAGCAGUCUUGUCUUAGACAAAGGACAGACUCCCUGGAUGCAAGAGGGACUCCAAGAGGGAUCCUCAAACGCAACUCCAGUUCCAGUAGCACGGACUCGGAAACUCUUCGUUUAAAUCACAACUUUGAACCCAAAAGCAAAAUCGUGUCACCUGGCAUUACCAUCCACGAGAGAAUUUCUGAGAAGGAACAUUCUUUAGAAGAUGACCCUUCCCCAAACUCACUGGAGCCAUUAAAGCAUGUGAGAUUCUCUGCAGUGAAGGGUGACCUUCCACAGAGGCCUGGGCUAAUCUGUGGCCGGGAAGUGGGAGAAUUUAGUGUCUUAGAACCUGACAGGUUGAAGAAUGGAGCGGAAGAUCCAGGGGACUUGGAUGAGCCCAAGCCCUCCCAGUACAAAAAACCUCCGCCUUCUCAUCAGUCAGCCUGCAGCCCCACUGCAUCACAAAAUGAUACGUAUCACCCAGUGACAUCUGGUUCUCUUCCAAAUGAUGGGCUCCAGCCUUGUUCAGAAGUUCUAAAUGCAGAACCACAGUCCCCUGAGAAUUCACCCACCGUCAGUGAACACCAAGCUAAAUCAUCAAAGUUAACAAGGCUUGGGCCAGAGUUGUCCAAAAACCCUGCUGAUGAACUGUCUGCCUGUGUUGAGCCUGAGCCAUCUCAGGUGCCAGACUGCAGUUCUAGAAACCAUCAGCAAGGUAAGCCCCCUCUUCUCAUGACUCUAAAAGCUGAGACAUCCUCGUUCUCUGGUCCACAUGCCACUGAGAUAAAGAAGACAACUGAUGAUUCCAUAUCUAAAGUCCUAGACUGGUUUAACCGAAGUUCUUAUUCAGAUGACAGUAGGUCAUCCCUCCAACAUCCCCAAGGCAUAGGACCCAAAGAAAAAAUAGACUCAAAAUCACAAGCUCCUACUGCCUUUGUGACAGAUGGCACAAAUUUAAAAGAAAAUGACUCAAAAGCCCUGUCACCUACCAAAGUUGAAUUAAAGCCUUUAAGAUCUGAUUCAACAUUUCAAGUAGAAAGUGAUAAACUGCUUUCUGAAGAGUGCCAAGAUAAUGAUGCAAAUAUCAAAUCCAAAGUUAUGAAUUUGUCCCAAGAAGACACCUCAAAAGAAGGUCUGGAUAUACCGCAAACACUAGAAAGUUAUGCUUUAAGUCAAGGGAAUAAAAAUAUGGACUAUAGCCAAAGCUCAAAAAGCAUAGGAAAAGGAGAUGAGGUACCUCCCUCAACCAGUAACUAUUCCUGCAAUGUUCCUAAAGGAUCUGAUGCAGAAAUACAAGUUCCAUACAAUACUAACAGUAUUGGCAACUUCGAUAAAGAAGAACUCAAGCUUCAUGAUCAUGAAAAACAUAAAGGAAACUCAAAAGUCAAUUUUGGCACUUCAACAAUUGUUCAAGAGUCCAAUCUGAAAGACAACAUGAAAGCAGAGAGAAAGAGCAAAGAGGGAAACGCUUCCAUCCUGGAAGCUUCCUUAGAGACAGAGAAUGGUGAGUUGCCACCUGGGGCUGCCAACGAAGGAUCUGCUUGGAAGAAGCCUGAAGUCCAGCCACAGCAAGAAGCUGGUAAGGUUCCCAAGAACCAAGUGCAAAGAGAAAAAUACAAAAGAGUAAGGGAAAGAAUAUCCUUUUGGGAAGGAGAAAGAGCAGCUGCUGCUAAGUUAGCUCAUAAAGAACCCACAUCUUCAUGUAGCCAGGAACAACCUUCUGCUAAAGCAUUGCAGCCUGUGAAGUCACAGGGUGUACCCAGGGACAGUUUAUCUACAGACCAGAGUGAAUACACUCAAGUCACUGCCAAGCUAGUAGUCCUUGAUGAAGAUGAUCAAGCAUUCCCUCUCUCUAGCUGUUACUCCUCAAAUAAACCUAAACAGACCAGGCCCCAAAUAUCAGGUCUAUCUAAAAACCAUCCUUCAGCUGGCCAAUCAGAUAAAGAAUCUCUGUUUCAUAAUGAGAGAAAUGAACAUAUAAAAAGAUUGCCAGUGGAAGACAGUUUGCAGUCCAGGAAAGACAUUACUUUGCAAGUACUGCAACAUUCAUCAAAUAUUGAGGAUGGAAUAUGUACUUCUCUGGAGAAAGACAGAUUUCUAAGGGGUGAAUCAAGCGCCAACUUUAAAGUUAUGGCCCUAAAAGAGAGAGUGGAUGGACCCACUACAGAACAGGUCUAUAAUCACUCUCAGUUUGAGAAUUUGAAAAAGUUUUGGGACUUAGGAACUAAUUCAAACAAUAAGGAUAAUUAUGAGAUGGAUACUACCACAAGCCAAAAACAUUCUGUGGCUUUUAAAAGCCAGAAACACCAGAAAUUAAGUGACAAUAAAUCAUCAGGCAAAAAUACCCAUGAAAUAGAGCCACUUUUAAGCCAAAGAAACGUUAUGGCAGGAGAAGAAAUGGAGAAAUUCAACUCCAAGAGUGUAUUACAGGUGCUACCUGGUGAAACUACAUUUCCUUUAAAAUCACCCAGGAAGUCCACUCAUCCACUGGCAGGAAAUGACUCAUCAAAGGAAAAGGGGGAAAAGAAUCUGGAAUGGGUGGUUACUCCAGUGCUUACGGAAGAAAAAUAUUGCUCUGAUCAAGAGAUUCAAGAAUCUGUAGUGAAAACAAUUGUCGUGUCUGAAGACUACAAAGCUACUUUUAGUGACAGCUUACAGAAGCUGCUUUCAGAAGCUUCGUCACCAGUAAAUCAACCUUCCAGUGGAAAAGUUUGUGGAAAGCAACUACUUGAACCAGCUAUUUCUGAAGAUAGGAAAUGGUUUCAAAAGACAGAGUUGGCUGAUAAUAAACAAGAAGCCAAAGGAUCUACAGAGAUCCCUGAUGAGGAUGUAGACAAAAGGAUAGUACCAAGCCCAGGCAGGCUCUUUAAAGAAGCAACCGGAACCUCACCCUCUCCCUUGCAAACCAAGAUUAAACCUGUUACCACCAGAACCAACUCCAAACCUAAAGAGCGUAGAUUUUUUGAAAAAGAGAUAGAAGAAAAUCACAACACUUCAUUUUAUCAGACAGAAAUGACACCUCCAUUUCCAGAGUGGUGUGACACUUCAGGAAAUGUAGCUCUCACCCAGAAAGCUGGAAGUGAUGAGUGCCAGCUCAACAAAGAGAACUUGUUUCAGAUGACUGCAGAGGGUUCUCCUGCACUGGCCCAGCCUUCACAUCUUUACAGAAAAGGCUCUUUUGAGGAUGUGACUAACUAUCCACAAGAUAUGUCUCUUUCCGGAGAAGCGCACCAAGAUAAGGCAUUAUCUUCUCAAAGGGAAAUUUCAGAGACCAUAGAGAGAGUCAUUCUUCCACCCAAACCUGCACUGAGUGAUGUAAAUGAUGCAUUACAGAGGCUAUGUAGAGAAGUUUCCUUGAGUUAUCCAUCUGGGAGGGAAGUAGCUCCUGGAGAAAUAAAAGCAGAUUUUUCUGAAGAGGUUCAAACAGCAAGUCACCCCCCAAAUCCUCUGGAAGUGACUCCCCCAGGGACUACAGUGGACACUCUUGUUCCAGACAGGAAGGAUUUUUAUACCUUCACUGUAUUUCCUGAUAAAGCUCAUGGAGCCGGGUCAUAUUUAGCUCCCCAAAUGUCUCCUUCAGAACAGCUCACUAACUCAUCUGUUUCUACCAUGGCUCAGUGUGGCAAAGAGCGACCUCAGGAAGUAGCAGAAACUGUGAUGGAAACAAUUACUCCGCCCAAAUCAGAGUUCCUUGAAUUCAGUACUCACUUAGAAAAACUACUCAAGGAAACACUACAAACCUCCUCAUCAAAAUAUGAAAAGGAUACAGGAACCCUUUCUCCAUCAGAGUUUAUAGGGAGUACGGAGGCACCCAGGCAAGGUGCUUCUGAGUUCCACCCUCCGGAAGUGCAAGAAACAGUAGAAAAGGCUGAGGCUCUGUCAAUAACUGAGAGUGCUUUUGAUUCUGGGUUUGAGAAACUUCUUAAAGAAAUAUCUGAGUUUCCUCUUUACCAGUCCCAGGUGUCAGUGAAGGAGGAAACUCCUGAGAAGGAGCCCUCAGAGUCAGAGCAGGCCAGGUUCUUGGACACAGUGCCCCAUUUUUACUGGGCAAGUGCAGGGACCUUGGAAAUGAAGGGUGAAAGUGGUUUGAAAUCUCAGGUCAACCAGUGUGAUAAAGUGCUGGGAGGAGACGAAGCUGUGACUGAUUUGUUGGUAAAUCUUUGUUGUUCUGCAAGUAGUAGGACUGAGAUCUCUGGAACCCCACAACUUUAUGUGGACCAUGAAAUAGAGACCACUCCAUCUAUACAACCUCCAGAGUACAGGAACGGUGAAAGAGGCAUCAGAGAGGGACAGGCGGGUUUUCAGGAACCUGGCUUGGAAGAGGCCCCUAAAGCAAUUAAUGUGUCCAAAAAUAAGCAGCCCAUUCCUCUCCUGACAAACACAAAAGACCCUACAAAAAUAAGUAAAGCUGAAUUGAUGCUAGCAUCAUCAUACAAGAGACAAGACAAAGAAGAAGAAAAAGAAGCUUUCUCUGAUUCUGAUUUUUCAGAUGGAAAGACUGGUUCUAGUGCAGAAAGUUCGAGAAAUACCUCCAGUUCAGAAGAAGAACCCCAUCCCGUUUUGAAACCUUUGGAAAGGAGUGCUGCUAGAAAAAUGCCUUCCAAAAGUCUAGAAGACAUUUCAUCAGAUUCAUCAAAUCAAGCAAAAGUAGAUAAUCUGCCAGAAGAAUUAGUACGUAGUGCUCAAGAUGAUCAAAAGGCAGAUCAGGAACCAGAUACAAAUGAAUGCAUACCAGGAAUUUCUACAGUGCCUUCACAACCUGAUAAUCAGUUUUCCAACCCUGAGAAACUCAAAAGGAUGAGCAAGUCUGUUCCAGCAUUUCUACAAGAUGAGAGUGAUGACAGAGAAACAGAUACAGCAUCAGAGAGCAGUUACCAGCUCAGCAGAUACAAGAAGAGCCCGAGCUCUUUAACCAAUCUUAGCAGCUCCUCUGGCAUGACGUCCUUGUCUUCUGUGAGUGGCAGUGUGAUGAGUGUCUAUAGUGGAGACUUUGGCAAUCUGGAAGUGAAAGGAAGUAUUCAGUUUGCAAUUGACUAUGUGGAGUCACUGAAGGAACUGCAUGUUUUUGUGGCCCAGUGUAAGAACUUAGCAGCAGCAGAUGUUAAAAAGCAGCGUUCAGACCCAUAUGUAAAGACCUACUUGUUACCGGACAAAGGCAAAAUGGGCAAGAAGAAAACACUUGUUGCAAAGAAAACCUUGAACCCUGUGUUUAACGAGAUAUUGCGGUAUAAAAUUGAAAAGCAGACCUUAAAGACACAGAAGCUGAAUCUGUCUGUUUGGCAUCGGGACACAUUUAAGCGUAAUAGUUUCCUAGGGGAGGUGGAACUUGAUUUGGAAACAUGGGACUGGGACAACAAACAGAAUAAACAAUUGAAGUGGUACCCUCUAAAGCGGAAGACAGCACCAGUUGCCCUUGAAGCAGAAAACAGAGGUGAAAUGAAGCUAGCUCUCCAGUAUGUUCCAGAGCCAGUUCCUGGUAAAAAGCUUCCUACAACUGGAGAAGUGCACAUCUGGGUGAAGGAAUGCUUUGAUCUUCCGCUGCUAAGGGGAAGCCAUCUAAAUUCUUUUGUGAAAUGUACCAUUCUUCCAGAUACCAGUAGGAAAAGUCGCCAGAAGACAAGAGCUGUAGGGAAAACAAACAACCCCAUUUUCAACCACACUAUGGUGUACGAUGGGUUCCGACCUGAAGAUCUGAUGGAAGCUUGUGUGGAGCUCACUGUCUGGGACCAUUACAAAUUAACCAACCAGUUUUUAGGAGGUCUUCGGAUUGGCUUUGGAACAGGUAAAAGCUAUGGGACUGAAGUAGAUUGGAUGGAUUCCACUUCAGAGGAAGUUGCUCUCUGGGAGAAGAUGGUAAAUUCCCCUAACACUUGGAUUGAAGCCACACUGCCCCUCAGAAUGCUUCUGAUUGCCAAAAUUUCUAAGUAAGCCCAAAGUCUACUGGCUCCUCCACUGCAGAUUGCUACAUAGAUGGAAGCUGAUCUGGAAAAGCUGACUACAUGGGUGAAAAUCCUCAGUUCCUAUCUGUUGCCACGAAUGAACACGACAUAGCACAUUGAAGUCAAUCUGCAUGUGUGCCUUUGAUUACAAGGCCCAAGGGAUUUAAAUAAUGACAAGAUGUGUGGCUUACUUGUGAUUCCAAUAUUGAAGAUAUUUGACCAAGCUAGGAAAACUUAACUGUUGCUUCUUCUUGAAAGAAAAAGCUGCCAAGAAAUACUAAAUCUGGGAUAUUUUCAACCAAAAAUCUUUCUAGUUUUCCACUGUGUGUUCCAUAACACACACGAUCUUGUUUUCCAGCUAAGGCCUACUCCUUGAUUAACAAAAAACGUAGCACUUGUAAAUAGGUAGAAAAAUAUAAAGAAAGUUUUUCCUGGGAUGGGGCAAGAAGAAGAACAUCAACGAUGACAAAGAAUUAUACAAUAAGACAAAUAUAUACUCUGAGAUCUCCAAUAGAAUAUAGAAUUCCAUGUUACAGCAAUAAGACUGAAUUUACAGCAUUUAUUUUUGCCUUUAGAAACUGCCUUCCCUUUUCCUGGCUCUCAGAUGUACUUUGGUGCCACCCACUGGCUAACAUGGAAUUCAGUUUUUGGCUUAUUUGAGCUCAGUUCUAUCCUAAAAUAGAUCUCAACCCUGUAGUAUUUUAUAAUAGAGUAUGUUGAAAAUUUUUUGCAUGAAUGAUUGUUUUCCUUACAGCUUUACUACAUGAACACAGCAUAAGGGUAGUCACCGACAUGCUUUGCACAAAGUUUAAAUUAGAAUGUAAAUUGUUCAAUUUUACUGUACUUCCUAUGUAUGUGCAGUUUUCAUAAAAUAUUUUGUAAAACCCUUAAAUAAAUUAUCAUACAAUCUAAAUUUUA